CACCUGUGACAUCAAGAUCAAGCUAGUAUGUUUACCUUCGCUGGACACGUGUGACAGGUGAGAGCCGUGCCAUUAUUAGGUGUUACAGCUUGUAGUUGUGCCUUACUCAUUGCACGUGGGAGUUCCCUGAAGGACCUGGAUUCUUAUUAGCACCUGUUCAAGCCUGAGUCAAGGAUCCAAGAGGCUGAGCUGAGGGACGGGAGGACAAGUUGAUGAACGCAGCCGUCACCACACGAUGAGACCGGGGGUGAUGCUCGGGGGCCAGGAGUGGGUGCGGGUGGUGCUGCCAGGGGACGAGGUGGUCCCCUAUGACCCAGAGACCAGCAGCGAGCGCAUUGUUCUUGGGCCUGGCCUGCGCUGGGAGGAUGGGAUGGUGCGCGUGGCCAAGGCCGGACUCCUGAAGAAGGUGUCGCGCGACCUGUACUUCGUGGACACCCACCAGAAGCGCUACGUACCACAGCGCCGGGAGUACGUCAUCGGCAUUGUGGUCAAGAAGAUGGGAGACCUGUACAAGGUGGACAUUGGCGCCAGUGAGCCCGCCACCAUGUCCUUCCUGUCCUUCGAGAACGCGUCCAAGAAAACCAAGCAGGACCUGAGCCUCGGGGACUUGAUCUACGGGCAGCUCAUCGUCGCUAACAAACACAUGGAGGCCGAGCUGGUCUGCAUUGACGCGUACGACCGAGCGAUGGGCAUGGGGGUCCUUCCUGCCGGGGGGGUCAUGUUCAACAUCUCCCUACACAUCGCCAGGCAGCUCAUCAAUCCCCAUAAUCCGUUCCUCCUGACCCUGGCGGCGAAGGUGAAGUACACGAUCGUGGUGGGCAUGAACGGCCGCGUGUGGGUGAAGGCGGCCAAGCAGAGGGACAUGGUGGCCCUCAUGAACUGUGUCCUGAUGCUGGAACACAUGACCCCAGAACAGGCCGAGGACAAGGCGCUCUGGCUGAUGGAGGCUCUCAUGGUCUGAAAGAGGAUGUGGUGUUGGUUAUGGUGGAGUGACAAGUAUUUUCAGGUGUGUUUGGCUCUCACAGAUAUUUCCCAGGGCCACAAAGAGGAUUAAUUGGGUAAUGUAACAAUGCUGAGUGCUUCCUCUGUGGACAUGAAGGUAAAGUUGACCCCCUCACACUCAUGGUACUAUCUGGAGACACUUAUUCAACCCACAGUGGCACUUGCAGUAUAUAUAUAUACGUCAGAGAAACUACAAUAAUGCAGUGAAAAAAUCUCGUAACAUAACCUGUGUGUGCUAGGGGAUUGAAGUGUCAGGGGACUUCUACUCAGAAGGCCCAGGUUCGAUCCCUUGGCACUCAGUGGUGUUAUAUUACAGGCUUUUUUUCACUAUGUUAUUGCAGUCUCUAAUGUGUACAUGCACCGUAUGUGACAUUGUGGGUUGAUCAAAAGCAUCUCCAGCUACCUUGAGUUUAAGUGGUGGUACCUUCCCUUUCAUGGUGUGUCAGGUGCAGGCACGGGGGAGGGGGUGACGAUGCUCAUAAUGCUACCUAGUAAAAAGUGGCAAGUGAAAUAUCAUGUGGAGGAACUGUGAGUGGAAUGAACAGUGGAAACAUGACAGGAGUUAUGAACCAUGUCACUGCUGCACACCAAACUAAUGGAGUGCUGGAACAGACUCAACAGUGGCCCAAGCAAGGGACCAAAUCAUGUAGGACUCGCUGACAAGCCUACACACAAACAGACAACAUAUAAAGCUAAUGUAUAAAACAGUAAACACCCAGAUUUCAA